UCAGCUGUCUUUUUAACCAUGAAAAUGCUGCAUCGUACUAGUGAUCAAGACGAAUCGGAUUAUCUGUAUAUUGAAUUUGAUGAUGAUGAUGAUAAUGAAAAGGAUGAAGAAGAGGAAGAAGCAGAAAGAUUGAAGGAAAUAGAGAGCGAACUGUAUAGUUAUGUCCAUUAUGGUUCUCAAAUUGACUUUGAAACAGAAACUGUCGAUCCAACACUUUGGAGUUCUUUAGAAAAAGAAAAUUCUGCUGUAAAUAGACCACUAAUGAGGCUGAGGGUGAAAGAAGAUAAAAAGAAUGCUGAAGAACCUAUUUUGACAAAGACCUUCAAGUGCGGUAACUGUUCCCUUGUUGGUCAUCUUAGCAGAGAUUGUCAGCAAAUGAAACCACUUGUAUGUUACCUCUGUGGAAUUUUAGGACACAGAGGCCAAGAGUGCCCAAAUAGUAUUUGUUAUAAUUGUGAAUGCCCUGGACAUCUUGCUCGUGAUUGCAAUGAACCCAAACGUCCUUAUAAUGCACUCUGUUCCCGAUGUGACAUAAUGGGCCAUAUGAAUCAUGAAUGCCCUGAUCUUUGGAGAAGAUACCAUAUGACCACCAAAGAAGGACCUAUUGUGAAGGUGCCAUCUCGUUGUAACCCAAGGGUUUAUUGCUCCAAUUGUGGAUUAUGUGGACAUUUCGCCUAUGAUUGUUAUAAAGUAGCCAUGUACAAGUUCAUCAAACCUAGUUAUCCUUUCAUUGUCAGCUAUAAAAAUCACUUCAAGACUAGAAUAAAUUUUGAAAAAGAGCAGAAAAGAUAUAUGAAAUUAAUGGUUGGAAAUGAUGGUAAGUAUUAACUAUAAACUGCUUGGAAGAUAAAUUACAAUGUGCGAUUCAAAAUUAUUUGUA